CUAGAGAACAUAUUUUGUGUAAUAAAAUAUAAUUGAACUUAGAUAGUGACUCGCAUGCCAUGCCUAUUUCUUUGUAAGAUACUUACACUAAAAUAAACUAUCUGAAAGAUGAGAACUAUACCGAAAUGGGUGAAUAAAAUCCACGAAGCCGAAAAAGUUGAGUUAUCCAGUGUACAAACAAUAUGCUUCAGUCCAGACGGCACACAGCUUGUUGUAGGGGCAGGAGAAAAGGUUAUGGUGUAUGACCCUAAAGAUGGUUCCUUGGUACAGCUUCUUCAAGCUCACAAAGGCCCGGUUAAUGCUGUGGCAUAUUGUGACGAUGGCAAGAAGUUUGCUAGCGGCAGCACAGACAAAAAUGUCAUCAUUUGGACAUCAAAAAUGGAAGGAAUCCUUAAAUAUUCACAUAGUGAGGCUAUACAAUGUCUGACAUACAACCCUGUAACAUAUCACCUAGCCUCAUGUGCCCUCUCCGACUUUGCUUUCUGGUCAGCUGAUGUGAAGGCAGUUCAGAAGAUUAAAGUGUCAGGCCGGAUCACAUGCUGUGCCUGGUCUCCAAGUGGACAGAAUUUAGCCAUCGGCUUAGCUAGCGGCACUGUUACAAUCAGAGAUAAGUUAGGUGAGGAGACACAACGAAUAAGUCGAGAAGCAGCUAUAUGGGCAGUUGUAUUUUCAAAGACAACUCUUUUAGUGACAGACUGGAAUGAUACACUUUCAUUUUACAACAUGCAAGGUCAACAAGUGCUUAAAGAAAGAAAUAUAGGUAUUUCAGCAUUAUCUAUAUCCCUAUUGGGUUCGUUGGUCUUGGUGGGUGGUGUUGGCGGGUGGGCAAUACUGACAUCUGAGGGUAUUGCUAUAUCCACCACACCACAAGAUUGGGUUUGGUCAAUAGCACCCUCGCAUGCUUCAAACUCCUUGGCCGUGGCUUGCCAAGAUGGUACUCUGUGGUGUUACCAGCUGGUAUUCAAUACGGUGCACGGGUUGUACCGUGAAAGAUAUGCGUACAGGGAGAACAUGACUGACGUCAUAAUACAACACCUAACCACAGGGAACAAAGUGCGGAUCAAAUGCCACGACCGAGUGCAGAAAAUCGCUAUAUACAAACACCGCUUAGCUGUGCAGUUACCAGAGCGUGUUGUUGUAUACGAGCAAGGAGACGACGAUGGAAUGUUGUACAGAGUGAAAGAGAAACUUGUGCAGAAGGCGGAAUGUUCCCUGUUGGUCGCCACUAGCGACUCUCUUCUGUUGUGUCAGGACACAACAUUAUCAGUGAUUGGUAUGAGAAUGCCAAGGUCGUGGACGGUGCCAGCGCCGAUUCGCUAUGUGAAAGUUACGACGUUGUUCUUUGAGGAAGUCCUGCUGCUUGGCUUGUUUAAUGGACAAAUAUGGCAAGUGGAGCCGAGUAAUGGUGGAUCGAAGAUGAUACUCCAAAUACCGGGCAGCGUGCGAUGUCUGGACGUCAGCGCGUCGCGGAGUCGUCUAGCCGUCGUCGAUGAGACGUCCGUGUGUCGAGUGUACAGCUUACCUGCUGGCGAACUGCUGUAUACAGAGGAGAACGUGUCAUCAGCGUCGUGGAAUUCGUGGUGCGACGAGCUGCUGUGUCUGUCCGGCGGCGGUCUGUUGUCCAUCAAGGCCGGACACUUCCCGCCCGCCACGCAGCCGCUAGCCGGAUCUGUUGUAGGAUUCCAGGGUGGACGCGUGUUUUGUUUGCAAUCCAACGCAAUGCAGACAAUCAAUGUCCCACUUUCACAUGCAGUGCAUCAAUACAUACAACACAAAAUGUUCAAUGAUGCAUAUGCGGUGGCUUGUCUCGGUGUCACCGCUUUGGACUGGGAGCGACUCGGUAUGGCCGCCUUAGAGGAACUAUCGUUUGAAGUGGCUAAGAAGGCGUUUCAAAGGAGUGAAAACAUAAUCUUCCUUUCACUAAUUGACCACAUACAGGAGCGUCACUCUGCGGGCGAGAAGCGCGCCGUCAUACUGGGCGAUAUACACGCGUACAGGGGGCGGUACGCGGAUGCAGCGCGCGCGUACGUCAGCGCCGCGCACGAUGACCGAGCGCUGCAAAUGUAUGUCGACCUGCGGAUGUUCACUAAAGCGCAGGAGUUUGUAGGCGAAGGGGAGGGUUUAGCGGCGCUGGCGCGGCGUCGCGCGGAAUGGGCGCGGCGCGUUAACGAGCCCAAGGCGGCCGCGGAGAUGUACCUCGCUGCGGGGGAUAUAGGCAAAGCGGCUAGGCUACUGGCUGAGAGCGGCAGACGAGAUAUGCUCAUUGAAUUGGCGAGGAAAAUGGACAAGGGUUCGAGCGACUCGUUACGACAACUCGCUGAGGCUUUGGAGAUGGCCGGGGAGCUACCUACUGCUGCCGACGUUUAUAAGAGGCUAGGGGAUUAUAGUAAAGUGGCGCAGCUAGCGGUGGCGUCGGGGGAGUGGCCUCAGGCGUUCACCCUGGCGCGCGACCACCCCGAGUGCAAGCGCGACGUGUACCUGCCGUACGCGCACCAAAUGGCCAAGGAGAAUAAGUUCGUCGAAGCUCAAAAAGCGUAUCACAUGGCUGGCGAGACGUCGACCGCAAUGCGGGUGUUCUACGUGUUGGUCAAUAACGCUAUAGCUGAAGAGAGAUUUGCUGAUGCCGGAUAUCUUCACUAUCUAUUAGCCAUGCAGUAUUUAGAGUCGGCUGCGAGCACAAGCAAUAAGGAACAAACCACAAACUUAUCUCAAUUCUGCACCAACGAUCGUCUAGCACGUAUCUAUCACGCGUACGACACAAUUCACAAGUGCGUACACGAGCCCUUCUCGCUCGCACAGCCGGACGCAUUGUUGAACGCAACUCGGUACGUGCUAGCGUCUAUUGAGGAACCGCCCCCUGGAGUGUCUAUGUUUUGUUUAUACUUGUGCAUGGCAAAACAAGCGAAAGCGUUCAACGCGAAUAUGUUAGCCCGACAGAUGCUAGACAAGAUUCUAGGACUUCAAAUACCUCAAAAAUUUCAGGAGAGCGUAGAACUCCUAAUACUGAAGAGUGGUUGCGGCGGAACCGCGGGCGACGACGACGUGACGCCGCUCUGCUGGCGAUGUCGCCGCCACACGCCACCGCUGAGUACCCAGUGCGCCAGGUGUCGACACAUGUUGGCGCACUCCCUCGCCACAUACGAGGUCCUUCCGUUGGUGCAAUUCGAGCCAGCGGAGGGUAUACCUUACGAAGAGGCAGUGGAGCUGAUCAAUCGUAUGCCGAUACCGGAAGUGGAUGUGCCCAGUGCGGGAGCUGAUAUACUGAGGAUAGACCCCGACGUGGACACAGCUGAUCCGUUCCUGGAUAGAGUGGAAGAGGACGACGACUCUGGCGUAGUGAUAUGCAGCCGUAACGCGCUGCUGCAGAUGAGCCCAGCCAACGUCGUCAUGGUCAAUCGACCGCCGCUACCGCCAACCUUCUAUAGAAACAUGUUGCCAGAGCUGCCAGUUACUGUCUGCGAGAAUUGCCAGAGUCUAUUCUACAUGGAGGACUAUGAGAUUCAAAUGGUGACGAAAGGCCAGUGUCCGUUCUGCAGGCAUCGGCACGAAGCGGUCGACGACGGUGAGGACAACUCUAAUUCGUCGACGCCACGGAGUAACAAUGGUAACUCGUGGGGAUAAACAUACAAAUUAUGGCAGGGAUGUAAUGUUUUUUGUGAAAUUUUGUAUGAAAUUACGCCAAAACGCUGCGUUGCUUAGGGCUUUCGCUCACAGACACGACAGUAUUAAAACACAUUGAAGAUGACUUUCCGACGUUAGCCGCAAGCGACCGCGACAGACAAAAAUUCAAAUAAAAUGCCACUUU